AAUUGUACUUUUAAAUAAACGAUGAUGCGCGCGCAUUCAGCUGUAUAAUCCUACUUGUAUCGGGCAUAGAUCGAGUGCCGCAGGCAAGGUAGCAAGGUGUUACCUGCAUUAUCUAACUCGUACGCGUUGAUUCAAACCGCAACGAAACUUUCCAUGCGGCUCAGGCAUCGAGGAAUGUUCGACAAUUUUUUCCUUUCAUAGCGGACGUUCAACGUUUACAUGCUUCUAGGAUAAAAAUAGCUUCCAAAGUUGGGAAUCAACUGCUUUUCCUGCGUAUAUCUUGAAAACUAAUAGUACAGGAGCUGGAGCAGAAUGUUUAACACAAUUGUCCUCUUUUUAUAAGAAAUACAAUCACGCAAGGAAUCAUUAGAAAAGGUUUAUAGGUGAUCCGGGUUAGUCUAAGUCAACUUUGGAGGCUAUUUUUCCUUGGUAAACACAAAAACGAACAGCUACGAAGGAAUACUUUGUCCUCGAAUACUCGUCGAUUUGCACUGCAACGUUUUACAUUACAAUGUUUUGAGCAUGCAUAGUUUUACGAUGCCAUUAGAAUCCGCGCGUACGUCAGCGAGUUGGCUGAUGACCCUUGCAAGUAAGAAUCACGCAAUAACUCUUACUCUGUACUCCACACAGAUGUUAUUCCUAGAUAGGUGUAUUCUACCCAUAUGAAUUUUAUCUCAAUAGUGCUCUCUCGUUCGAACCGUUCGGCGCAGCGAAUCUUCUGCGCAUUAAUAAACUAUAACGCCGUUUUUAUUGAAUAAGAUUUAACGUACGACAAUGUAGAUGAAAUGGAAUGAGUACCGAUACUUAUUUUUGAAACGUUUACCGUGUAUCGUUUGAAGGAUGUUUGACGCGGUGUCGCGUAAAUGACCGUUGGAAAUGUCGAUCGGUUUAGUGUUUCCGAUAUUCGAAAUGCUGGCCGAGUACGACUUUUACAAGAGUACUAGUACAAUUGCGUAAUAUAAAGGAAAAAGUGUCUUUUGAGGCUAUAGGGAAGUAUUAUUACAAGACAGACUUGUAUAGCCGGACAUUGAUAAAAACGAAAGAAGUAAAAGAAAAGAAAAGAAAAGAUGUUAGUUUUGUAAUCGUUUUUUUAGUCAUCUUAGUGCAGCGGAAUCCGUUCGAAUGGACCGUAUAUAAUAUACAUACAUAUGUAGUUCGGUCAGGCCAAUCGUUUUGACGCAAUUGGCUACGUUUAUUCCCCUUUGGCGCGACAAUCUGACCAAAAAUAAACCUUUCGACUUUUGACUGGAUUAUCUCAGUCUACCGGGAACGGCCGUUAAAGCAUGUGUGAUCGUUCGAUUUCUCAUACACCGACUCCUACUAAUUUCCGGUUUCAUUGUUACAUGUUAAUAAAGUUCAGUGAACCCUGUCGCAAAUUUUUUGCAUAACACUCCGAUCCACACACGCCGGGUCACACAUCGUCGGAUACGCACAGUCUUAAUUCGAUUUCUCUCUUUGUCUUGACCUUAAUCUCUUCCAACAGCAUUGGACACGCGGAAUUAGCACUGACGAUAUAUUCUCAGCGGCACGGUGACAAACGUGAAAGUUACGCUCAUUGCCAGACGAUAAUAGAGAAUACACGCAAACAUUACACGUACACCCUGUCGUCGUUGUCUCGGGCCCGUGAUCCGAUACACCGAUCGAAUUGUACCGUGAUCAUUGACCGAAAAAUCAGAAAGUACACACACAGAGAGUCACACGAAUUUUCAGCAACACCGUAAGGUACGUUUGGUUGCUCUUUUACUCUUAAUGCUCUGCGUUUAUUGCGGAGUGCACGAACACGAAAUUGUUCCUUUCAGUAUGAACGCAUACGUGUGUAAUAAGAGUACACGAAAGAAGAUUUUUAUAGCGCGAUUCUUCGGGUACAAUCUGAUUUAAUCUUUCAGAAUGUGUAAUUAAUCAUUUCAAUAACUACUAAUUAUUCAAUAAUUUUAAUCAUUUUAUUCAAUAAUAAUUUCAGCAAUUUCUUUCAAUAAUAGUUUCAAUAAUUCUUAAUUAUUAAUUAGGAAUUAUUCAAAUAUAGUUAUACGAGCGACACGCACUGUCGAAUCACAAUAGACAACUCACUGAAAGGAACAAUCAAACGAUUCGACAAAGACGUACCCCGUUCUCCGAAUAUCUUUUCGGCUCGUUGUACGCAUUCUAAACGUGUACAUGUAUCUGAAUGAAAAAUCAUAACUCGUAGCGUAUAGGCAGGUCACAGACUUAAUUGAAACGUCGUUCCUCGAUUCAGCAUAGACGUCCGGUGAAAGUAACGUCAUUCCCUGCUUGUCCCUGUAUCUAUUGUUGAUCCGUGAGCAACGGGUUCCGGCCGGUCGAUAAGUAAAUUUCAUUCACCGCGUGCGUUGUUUAACGCGAAACGGUUAGGGGAACGUAAACAAGCCAAACAUCUCUACGGACGCGGCAUUCGCCGCAGAUUACACUUAAUAUUAUAUAUUGUCGAAAGACGCACGUGACUAUUCUCUAUUACUUUCAUUGGUCGAUCGGUUCGAUUGUGCCUCGGGGCACAACGAGGCGGUCGAUAGGCAUCCUCAGAAAUUCCACCGGUACGGCACGGUCGAGGAAGCGCCAUUGAGGUGUGCAGUGGCGGGUCGGACUGUCUUUGUUCAUUCCAUUACCGGAAACUGAAACUGUCGGAAGUUGAAUUUAUGUCGUCCGAAACCGAGCUCGCUCUUGAAAGUGAAAUCGAAAGUCCCGCGGAAUUGGACGAGAUGCAGCUGUUUCAAAAAAAAGACAGCGAAUUGGGCACGCAGAUCCGUCGCAGCGGGUCUUUAAGGAUCCCUAAGUCUUCCACCGUUGAUCGUAAUCGAUUGCAUGUAUCCUCGUACGAUGGGAAAUUAUCCAGCAACUUGCAUUGGACACCAGAUAAUUCCAAUGACACGCCGGUCCGGCCCGCCAGGCACUCCGCACCUGCGAUUGACGCACCUGCGCCGGAACACCUCGCCAGGAAUCUCCUGCAACUCGGCUGCCCGGCCGUGUCGAUGCCCACACCUCGUGGCGGUGUAGGAUCUGAACCUCCGCACAGUAGCGACAGCGAUGAAUACUCGUCGACUCACGGCCAUCAUCAGCAACCGGGUCAUGGUCAUGGUCAAGGACAGGUGGAUGUCUACCACGUGCCUAAAGUCCACGUGUCGGGACCACCUAACAAUAAUGAAUCCUCUUCCAUCGUCAAUGGGUCUGCGGGGUCCAUAGGAGCACGAUCGGCGCCCAGCACGCCUCUUCAAGUAGCCCCUGGUGGGCAACAAGCUGGCCAGCAGUCAAUUAGCGGCUCUCAGCUCACCGCAGCUGCUGCGAACACUUCUCAGCCACCGAGGAGUCCGAGCCACGCGGCCUUGAGAUGUAACGACAGUCAUCUUUCUAAGCCGCUCAGUAGAAGCACACCAUCCAUGGCAGCUGGUGGUGUUGUACCAGUCGCUCCAGGAAAGGUUAGCAGAUCUUCGUCCACGUCCUCACCAACGACUACCAGCAGUGCUAGACAGAAGAAAUUCCACAGGCAUUUCUCUCAGGUUGCUGCGGACGAACGAGUACUAAAUUAUUACAGCUGCGCGCUGGUAGGCGACAUCUUACUACAAGGUUACUUAUACAUCACGCCGAACUACUUUGCAUUCUACAGCAACGUGUUCGGAUAUGUAACGAAACUAUUGAUACCUACGGUCUCGGUGUUGAAGAUCAGCAAAGAGAAGACCGCGCGAAUCAUUCCAAAUGCCGUGGCGAUCGCUACCGAAGAGGAAAGACAUGUUUUCGGUUCCCUUCUGUCGAGGGACUCGACCUUCAAGCUGAUGAAGCAAGUUUGGGACGCUGCUAUGGAACCGCAGCCGUCGCCCAAAAUUCUACCACUAACAAAUGAACAAAAGCUCCUUGCACCAGACACACCGGUGGUCGACGACUCCGAGGUUAACCCCGAAGAGGAUGACUCCAGCAUGUCGGAAAGCGGGACGGAUUUGAAUUCCAGACCGCCGACCGUUUGUACCGAUACUGACGGUGUUUCACCGCCACCAGUCACCAGGCCCACUUUGCCACCGCCCGUCAUAAUCGAGCCACAAUCGGUACCAAUUCUCCCAACCAUAUCCAGCAGAUCCAAUGUUCUUUUAUCCUUAUUCACAGGUGGACUGAAAACUAGUACCGUGAUAACUAUUCUCAUAGCCCUCUUAGCAGCUCUCUAUGUGUCGGCAGCGCUAAUGAUGAUUCGCAUUGACAAACUACACACAGCUUAUCUCAACCAUCCCCUCGUUUCACCAGAACGUUUCACACAGGAUCGGCUUUUGCAUUACUUGAACACAAACCUUGAUCAAAUAAUAAAGGUGAGGCAGAGUUUGCAAACGUUGUCACAGCAGUUCGUGUCAAUGAGCCAAAGUAGUGAAACGAACCCAGCCGUGUCUGCCGGCGCGAUAGAACCGGAGGACGCUCCGAGUUAGCCUCCGACAAGGCUGAAUAAUUUAAUGCAACCAAAUAAUACGAGUCCCCGUCGCCUCGCUAGCGUAUGAAGCGUCUCGUAUUAGUACAUCGUUGUCUUCGUCAUCUCCGUGUCGAUUUAUUUGACGCGUGCAUAAUACGGGCUGACUGACUGAUUGACAGAGUCGCUUCGACGGUUCUCAAAAAAAAUAGGCAUUAUCAUUGUUAGUGUAAUCUAGACUUCCGGGGCUCUGAGAAUAGGAACGAAGUUACACGAAACGUCGAAAUGAAAUGAAAUGAAGUGAAAUGAAAUGAAAUGAAAUGAAAUGAAGUGAAAUGAAAUGAAAUGAAAUGAAAUGAAAUGAAAUGAAAUGAAAUGAAAUUAAAAAGAAUGUCUAAGUAAACUAAGAAAAGCAGACAGGGAACUUUGUAAAAGAUUUUCCUAGAUCGCGCAUGCGUAACUCGAUUCGACUUUCAGUCACGCUUACAAGUAUUAAUUAAAAGAAAAAGUACGCGAAUAAAAAACGUAAAAAAGAAAAAAACAACUGAUGCUUGAAUACGACAAGAGAUACGACGUGCAAACAUAUUUAUUUAUAUGCACGUGAACACGAAUAUCAUGCGCGUGUAAAACCGUUGUACGUUGUGUAUUUGAUGUUAAUAAUUCGGUGAGUGCAAAAUUACUCGAGCGUGUAGGGACUUUCGUCUGUUUUUUUUUAUUUGAACUAGUCACGUAUAUAUAUUAUACUAUAUACAUAUAAAUAUAUAUAUGCCCCUACAUACGACAAGGGUGUAUUGAACACAGUGGUAUAUAUAUAUAAAUAUAAAUAAUAUAAAUGGAAGCUAUAUAUAUAUAUAUACACACAAACACACAUACACAUACAUAGAAUAAUGCAUAUUUCGCGAUUAUUUGUUGAUUAUUAUGUAUUCAGACUAGUUGGGGCACUACCUUUUUAACCAAUGUAGCUGUUUUACAGCAUAGAAAAUAAGUGACGGUUAAUUUUGUGCAGGGGUUGGAAAUGGUUAUAAUACUGAUUUCGAUUAUUGAAAAAAUUGCAAGUAUACUGCAAAACUUUAUGCAUUCUUAGUAUUAAAAAAUCUUCAACAGAUCGUAAAGUGCAAUACUUAUUAGAGUUCAAUAUACUUUCAUUUUAUUUUUAAUUUAGUGACUGUAUUGAUAAAGAACAGAUAAAUUGCUUGCAAUUAGUUUCUUUAAAUUUGCGCUUUUGCAAUGUAGUUGUUUGCAAAUAUCAUAAAUGCAGUUCAGUGAUAAUAGUUUCGUAGAAAUAUAACUGGAAGUAAUAGAAACCAAAACUUGUUUCAUUUUGAUUCUUCAUAAGUGUUUUAGUCAGAACUUAUGCAUAAUAGUUAUAAAACAAUUCUUUUCCAAACCGUUUCAACUCCUGCUUUCGCGUCCUAUCGAACAGAAAUUCUAUGUUAAUUACACGUGGAGAGUAAUAAAAUGCGAAAUGGAAAGCUUACGGGUUUGCGCGGUGUUUCGAUCGUUUCAUACACUAAAUUUUGUCUCUUGAACAUCGAAUACCGCACCUUUUCGGACGAAGGUUGCAUUUUUCGCGCACACUGGUGUUCCUACAAAAUUUUGCCAUCGUUGUGAAAUAUGACGCAAUGAUGGAAUUAUUUUCUUGGUUAUUUAAAGAACAAUUUUCUUUUCUUCGAGUCGAGGCGACGAAGAUGCGCGAAAGUGUUAACGAUAUACAGUGUUUAUAACGAUUUGGGCCAUUUAAACCAUAUGUUUAAUGAGUUCAUCGGGUAAACAAAAUUUCUACUGAAUUACGUCUGCAAAUACCAUAAUAAAGUCAAUUUUGUUAAGUUUUGAAAAAAUCAAUGAAUGUUCUUAUAAUAUUAUGUUUCAUAAUUUUUUUGUAUUUGUAUUAGAAUUUUUUAUAGAAUUACAUUAACUUAUUUUCGAAUGUUAAUCAUUCUUUGAUACAGAAUAGACGUAUUGUCAUACGAACUUUGAUUUGACCACUUUCAAUUUAUAAACCAUACUAUUUAUAUAAUUAUUGGAAUAUGUUAUUGAUCAAAAUAAUAUGACUUUAUUUCUGAUGAAAGAAACAAAUAACAUGAAAUCGAAGCGAGUUCUGUUAUUAACAGUCAAUAAUUAUAUUAAUAAUGGCAAUUGAUGCUUAUAAUAUCAUACGAAUUUUUGUCAGUUAUUUGACUACUUUAACCCCUACAACCCGAGAUCGGUAUAGCGUACCGAGCCACUAGUCAUCGUAUGCGACUGAACCUUCUUUUUUAUAUCAACUUAUAGUAUAUAUUUUGAAUAAAAAUUAUCCUAUACAAUGAUUCUUUUUAUUUCAUUUUUUAAAUAUGAAAUUGUAAAAGAAAAAUUUCUUUUGACAUGUCAGUCGUAUGUGAAGACGUACGGCAUAUGUUCGUGUGGUCGAAGGGGUUAAUAUAUAACUUGGCGCCAACUUGUUGGACACUUUGUAUAUCUCAUUGCACUAACAUAUUUCGAUACGAUUGCACGUAUGUUCUUAUAUGUAAUGCAAGACAUAUUUGGAGCGAAGUGUUAAUUAUAUUUGCAGUGAAAAUGUGGAAUUACAAAGAACGGGAGACUUGACUGUGAUAGUAGGAUCGAGGACGCAUUUUGUUAAAACACGGCCGUGUUUAUCGAAUUGUUGUUGUUACAUCGUGAAAAAGUAGCAAAGAAAGAGGGUUGCUUCGAUCCGGAUUAAGUAGACAUUCAUUGUAUAAAUACGGCCGUAUUUUUCAGAUCACAUGGGAUCUAAGAGAUGUGCUGUUACAUUCUUUAGCUAUAUUUAUAACGAAAAAUGUAUAUGUACAUCAAGCAAAAUUCACUUAAAUGUUUAUUUCGAUAUAUUAUCAAUUAUUGCAAUUAAAUAUAUCACUCUACCGCGUUUAUUAUUAA